UGCAGUUUUGUGUAUGAACAGGAGGGCUUUAGGACGCAUCGCCUAGAUUCAGGUCCUGUUAGUGGGGCACCGAGCUUGCCAUGGAGUGUGAAAGAAGCCGCCUAGUCUAGAAAAUCUGCGCUGUCUCCAGGCAACCGAGACCUGAAUCAGAAAUGACCCCAUGUGCUUAUCUCUGGCGAUAGUGAGAGUUCAAAAGCUAAGCGAAAGUGGAGUGCUGCGCAACCGAGAUGGUACCUGCAAUUAUUGCUUUUAAAACAAAACAAAACGAGAAGACGAAUCACAUCACACCUGCAUCACUUCCACUGAGAAAAAGCAUUUUUGUCAGGUGAAAUUGGAGGAAGAACUGCACAAUAAAGACAGACUGAUUUGGCAUGGGAGAAAAUAAACCCAAGCUGUGAAUAAAUUGUAACAUUGGAGAGAUGGGAUUUGUAUCAGAAAACUGGUGACAGAGUUGGAAAUCGUGUGUGACAGAAGGCAUCCUGGAAAAUCAACAACUACAUCUGCCACAUAAUGCAGUGGUGAAAGCACAACUUGAGGCACUAAAUAACACAGAAGAAAGAGACAUGCACCAAGAUACAAUGUCUUGUACCGCACCAGUGCCCCAAAUCGAAGUUGAAGAAUCAGUUGACCAUGGACAGGCCAGCCCGGUAACCCAACACGAUGAUCACCUAAGGAGCCUCAAGGCCCUGACCCAGAAGCUGAGGCUGGAGACCAAAAGGCCUUCAUAUCUGGAGUGGAGGGCUCAGGUGGAAGCACACAGCUCCAAGGACCUCAAACCAUUGGGGGAUGAGGCUCCUAAAGAAGAGUGGAGAGCCAGUGAGGGGGCUGUGGGCUCCUUCAGACGGUCUCAGCGACACCUCCUCAGCAGCAGUGUGGUCAGGGAGGAGAGCCAGAGCACAGGGAGCCUGAAGGGCUUUGGGAGUAUUGAUGAAGCACUAAUCUGGCUCAGAAAAGAAUUGACUGAAAUGCGGCUUCAAGACCAGCAGUUGGCUCGGCAGCUGAUGCGCCUGUGUAGCGACAUCAAUAAACUGAAGAUUGAGCAGACCUGCCACCUGCACAGGAAGAUGCUCAACGACGCCACCUAUGAGCUGGAGGAGCGUGACGAGCUGUCAGACCUACUCUGUGACUUCCCCCUCACGCCAGGCUUCAGCCUUUCCACCCCACUCAAGCUCAUUGGUGUCACCAAAAUGAACAUCCACUCACGUCGCUUUUCACUUUGUUAGCCUUCUCAGCGUCAGCAGGCCACCCCUUCAUCUGUACAAGACUUUGUCCCCUAUAUGUGCUGUGGAGGGUUAAUUACAGUUCUUGUUGAGAGUCUGCAUUUGACUUCAUCAGUUGUCUUCAAUGUAAAUGUGCUGUUCUGGGUAAUGGGGAUGAGACUGCUGUUCAGAAAAUAUUAAAAACCAAGAUGUCUAGGCUGGUGAUGUUACAGUAAUUGGGGCUUGGAGUUUAAAAAAAAAAAAAAAAAUGAUGGAAUUUUUUUAGUAUUUAAUACAUAUAUAUAUAUAUAAAAUUGCCAAAUAAUAACUUAAAUACAUAUACAACAUAAGGUAAGAUGUAUAUUUCCUACUAAGAAAAACAAAACAAAAAACAUUGCUCACAUACUGUAGAUGCACAAACUCUCUGUAACAUCUGUUGCAAGAAUCUGUCACUUGAUGUAUCAGGAAAGUACAAAAUCAUGACUGUACCUUAAUGAGAAAGGAGUGUAAUUUGCCAUAGUAGCGUAAAAUAAAUAGGUGGCCUUUUUUCUGUAUGUUUUCAUGAUAUUUUUUAAACUUCUAAUUUGGUUUAAAAAUAUAGCAAAUGCACUGAAUCAUUUAAAAUAAACCAAGACACUCCAAGCCCUUCAACAUUUUCCCAUUUAAAAACCUACAGCCCCUCAAACCAAGCAUACAUUUCAAUAAUGACCGACAUGUGUAAAUGGAACUGUUUCUGAAUAUAAGAAAACAUUUAAACCCACCUGUGAAUUGGGAAUUGUGUGUGCCGCAGUGUGUACUGUGAUUUAAAUGCUUGAUCUAACACUUUCUGUAUUUAUACCAAAAUGCUGCACUGUUAGAUACUAGACUUUUCUUCUAUCAAUUUACAGUUAUUGGUGUGAUACAUCAAUUGGCUUCCUGUUUACGUUCUUUUUUACUCAGAAAGUUCAUCCCAAAGGCCUUUUAGUUAACCAGCUGAUUUUCGUCAUGUCCUCGUCCUUUAUUCUCCUUUGCUUUUCAUCCUCGUUCAGUCAUGGGGUUUUCUCAGAGCUUCACCAUUUUUAUCAAGGGCAUAAUUAGCUUUUUUUUUUGUCACUUCGCCUAAUCCUUAGCAAAGUCUGAGGCUCUUCCACAUGCCUACUUUCUGUCUAGGGUGCCUUGCAUGGCUGACAUUGAAAACACUCACAGAGACACUAAAAAUGGUCUCAGGUGGUUUUACGAUGAUGUUGAUUUCAUAGUCUAGUACAGUGUUAAUAAAAACGAACUGAAGGCUAUUAGACCAUCAAUGGUGAAGUGAUGAAACACAGAUCAUUUGCAUCCUAAUUGCAAAAGGCCAAUGUCAACAGCUGGGUUUGUAUCUAUAGAAAUGGAUAAAAAAAACAAGGCAUGUAUGGUUAUAUACCCUUUUUAGUAUUUGAAUUUUGACGUUUUAGGUACUGUAGAAAAGGUGCAUGUUUUAACAAGGUAGGUAGAAUAUACUGUAGAGAAGAUAUGUUAGAAAUAACUCGUGGAAUUUUAACAUAGUUUCUCAGUCUUUCUUUUGCUGUUCAAAACUACUAUCAGGACCACAUUUCCAAACAAACGCAGCAGGAUAGAUGCAAGCUAAGGCAUAUGAAAAAUCAUAUAUAUUUAGUUACUUUAAAUAAUUGUUAAAUGUUAAAUGUAUUAGUGCCCUUUUGAGGGGCAACAAUAAACUAUGGUUCAUUAAAAUUGCUACUGUUUUCCUUUUUAUUGUUUUGUUUCUUAUUAUUCCCUUAUGGAAAAAAAACAUACUUUUAAUAUAUAGUAGAAAAGUAUGAUUCUUAUAUUUUUCAUAUAUAUAUUGUGAAGAAGCUAGACUUUGUCGCUUUUUAAAAUGGCUGUCCGAGAGUAAAAAAAAAAAAAAAAAAAAAA